AUGUCCCUUCGUGCUGAUGUCUAUGUCUCUCCACCAAUUCCGUGGGUCAAGCCAAAUGGCAAAGAGGGAGGAUUCUGGUCACCAAUUUCUUGUACUCUGGUUCAUGGACAGAAUGAAGCAGUUCUGGUAGAUACGCCGAUCACAACACAGCAGACGCAAAAACUCAUCGAAUGGAUCAAGCAAAGGAUCCCUACCAAAAAGCUAACCACUAUCUACAUCACGCACGGCCAUGGAGACCACUUCUUCGGUAUCCCACUGAUACAGCAAGCCUUCCCAGGCGCGCGUGCUAUCGCCACGCCAGACACAAUCACACAUAUGGAAGAACAACUCGCGCCAAAUGUCUUCAAUGGGUCCUGGAAUAGCCAGUUUCCCGGUCAGAUUCCAACACCGCAGCAACUAGCCGAGCCGAUCAACUGCGACAACACCAUUACGCUCGAGUCAUACACACUGCACGCUAUCGAGGUCGGACAGGCGGACACACAUGACUCCACCGUUCUCUGGGUACCGGAUCUCAAGCUUGCCAUCUGUGGUGACGUUGUCUACGGUGACGUGCACCAGAUGCUAGCCGAGACCAGUACACGCGAGAAACGUGCCCAGUGGAUUGCGAGUGUAUGCAAGGUCGAGGCUCUUGAGCCCGAACUUGUGGUGCCUGGUCAUAAGAUGCCACAUGAGAUGGAUGGCACGUUUCAUCUUACAAACACGAGGCGGUAUAUCGAAGAUUUUGAGAGCUUCCUGGAUUCGGGGAUCACCGACGCUCGGGAGUUGUCGGCUGCGAUGAAUCACAAGUAUCCCACACGCUUUAACCCAGGUGCAUUGAUCAUGAGUUGUAUUUCGGCAUGUCGAGAUCUAGGCCCCAGCUUGUAG